AGUGAAACUACUCAAUCCGGGGAAGUGCAAAAACCUUUCAAAAGGUUUUCCUGCCGUUAGGAGAAGCAGAGAAAUGGGGGAGGAGAGAUGAGUGGCUAUUCCGGAGCUAUACGAAUAAUUUCUAGCUUCCACCGGGACAGUUCUGAACUUCCUUCCCAGGUGCUGUCACACUGGUGUUUACUGGCGGAAAGCUAGGAAGAGCUGGGUCCAGCCCUUGGAUUUUGACUGGUGAAGAAGCCAGGUUGCUGGGACAGGUGGGGCCCAUUUCAGUGAUUCUCUUUGAAAAAGCCCAGCAAGAUGUCAGGCCUGCUCUCAAUCUUCCUCCACCUCCUCCUUCUCUUCAAGUUGGUUGCCCCGGUGACCUUUCGCCACCGCCGCUAUGAUGACCUCGUGCGGACGCUGUACAACGUGCACAACGAAUGCCCCUACAUCACGCGGCUUUACAGCGUUGGGCGCAGUGUGAAGGGGAGACACCUCUACGUGCUGGAAUUCAGCGACUUCCCCGGAAUCCACGAACCCUUGGAGCCGGAAGUCAAGUAUGUGGGGAACAUGCAUGGCAACGAGGUGCUGGGCCGUGAGCUGCUGCUGCAGCUGUCGGAGUUCCUGUGCGAGGAGUUCCGGAACGGGAACCAGCGCAUUGUCCGACUGGUGGAGAGCACGCGGAUUCAUAUCAUGCCUUCCAUGAACCCCGAUGGCUACGAGGUGGCCGCCGCCCAGGGCCCAGGCAUUUCUGGGUAUCUGGUUGGCAGGAACAACGCAAAUGGCGUGGACCUGAACCGCAACUUUCCAGACCUCAAUACCUACAUCUACUACAAUGAGAAGUACGGAGGCCCCAACCACCACCUGCCCCUUCCAGACAACUGGAAAAGUCAGGUGGAACCUGAGACCCGGGCUGUGAUCCACUGGAUACGCUCCUUCAACUUUGUUCUCUCGGCCAAUCUCCAUGGAGGGGCAGUGGUGGCCAAUUACCCAUAUGACAAGUCCCUGGAGCAUCGAUUCCGAGGUUUCCGCCGCACUGCCAAUACCCCCACGCCCGAUGACAAGCUUUUCCAGAAGCUGGCCAAGGUCUAUUCCUAUGCACAUGGAUGGAUGCAUCAGGGUUGGAAUUGUGGGGAUUACUUCCCAGAUGGCAUCACCAAUGGGGCUUCCUGGUAUUCUCUCAGCAAAGGAAUGCAAGACUUUAAUUAUCUCCAUACCAACUGUUUUGAGAUCACGCUGGAACUGAGUUGCGACAAGUUUCCCCGCCAAGAAGAUUUACAGCGUGAGUGGCUGGGUAAUCGGGAAGCCCUAAUCCAAUUCCUGGAACAGGUACACCAAGGCAUCAAGGGAAUGGUACUUGACGAGAAUAACAAUAAUCUCCCUGAGGCUGUCAUUUCUGUCAGUGGGAUUAACCAUGAUGUCACUUCUGGUGAUCACGGCGAUUACUUCCGGCUGUUGCUACCAGGUACCUACAUUGUUACUGCCACAGCACCUGGGUUUGACCCAGAGACAGUGAGUGUGACCGUGGGUCCUGGGGAACCCAAACUGGUUGACUUCCAACUCAAGAGAAGCAUCCCUCAAGUAACCCCUACGAGGAGAGUUCCCAACGCAGGGCCUGGAGGCAGAGUCUUACCAAAGAAAGUGCAGCCCCGGGCAGCCAAGUAAAAAGAAGUGGGCAGAGAGGCUCUGACUGAAAGCCACAGUGUCCAGGGCAACACUUCAGCAAGGCUUUGAUCCUGCUCUUCAAUCAGAGGAAGCAUACUUUCUAUUUUAUUAUGUGGGACGUAUUUAAAUAUAAACAUGUUCAGAAUAAC